AUGAAAUUCGCUCCACAUUAUAUAAAAGAUAUAAGAAAAAAACUGGACUCGAUCCUUGGAUAAACUCAGAAUCUUCACAAAUCGAAAAUGCUGAUAAUCAUCUUUCGCGAGACUGUAUUAAGAUUUCUAAAUUUCUGGAAGAGAAAGAUGUGAUUAUUGAAGCAGUACAAAAACGAUUCCCUUUCUUGAGAUAUAUUAAAUCGAAUAAAGUUAUUAUUGCUGUACAGAGCUUACCGGAAAUUCAAGUAAGUGUACCUAACAAAACCCGCCUUUAUCAACCAGAGGCUAGCUUACGCCAAUAUGCCAUUGAACAUGGAAUGGAUCCUGAGAAAUUUUCGAUCAUUACUGAGGCUGAGAAUAAAAGAUAG